UUAAAAAUGGACCAUCCAAGCAAAUGCAAUGUUUUAACAGAUGCUGGUUAAUGAUAGAUAUAUUUAAAAUCUGGAUACUAGUCUAAACUGGUGUAUUGAAACUGAAACUCGACGACCUUAAGUUCCAGUUCCCUCUGGAUGAGAAUGAAGCUUUUACUUUUUGCUGCCUUUUUGGCAGGGCCUGUGGGAAGGAUUUACGGAUUUUACUGUAAUUUCGAUCGUAACCAAUGUGGAUUUGUGCAACGUCGAGAUGACGAGUUCGAUUGGACCAGGAAAAAGGGUGCAACAUCCUCCGGGAGUACAGGUCCUUAUUCGGACGUGAAAGGACGAGGUUACUACAUGUACAUUGAAGCAUCGCGCAAAAGCAAGGAUGAUAACGCCAAGUUAGAGAUUCUCCCCGGAAUAGCUGCUGGAAAGACGUGCAUCUCCUUUUUCUAUCACAUGCGUGGUGGCCAAAUGGGAACACUACGGGUGCUGGUGGAUGGAAAACAAGUUUUUGAGAAGAGCGGGCAUCAAGGUUUCGACUGGCGUACAGCUCAGUUCACUGUUGAGAGAAGAGCUUCAUCAAUUGUGUUUGAAGGAAUUGUGGGACGAGGCCACCAGUCAGACAUAGCGAUUGAUGAAGUGAAGAUAGACAACUGUGGAGAGGGAGGCGGUGGCCAAGCAACAAUAAAACCGCCAGCACCUCAACCACAAACAGCCCGACCACCGCUUCCACACACUGCGACCCCACCAACAAGUGAGUGUGGCUUCCGUCCUUCCACCAGGAUUGUUGGAGGUGAAUAUGCACCACCGGGGGCGUGGCCAUGGCAAGCAAUGCUGCGGUGGUCUCACACUGGGUAUGUGUUCUGUGGUGGUUCCUUGGUUGCUCCUCAGUGGGUUGUCACAGCCAGUCACUGUGUUGCGAAGGCAGGUGGAGAUCCCGUAUAUAUCAGGCUUGGCGCUCAUAAACAGUCAGAAAGUAUGGGGACAGAACAGGAUUUCACAGCCAGUAAAGUGAUCUUACACCCGUUCUACCACAAACCAAUUGGCAUGAGUCAUGAUAUCGCUCUUCUCAAGUUGGACAGACCAGCUGUACUUACCAGGCAGGUGAACCUAGUAUGUCUUCCUCAUAGUAUCCCAGCUCCACCUGAAGGAACCAAAUGCUGGAUCACAGGGUGGGGAAAGACAGCCUCGGUCGGAGGCUCAAGUGGGAAGGUUCUGAAGCAGGCGACUGUACCGAUAGUGGGACGGAACCGCUGUGAGUGGUCUUACCUGGGACAGAUUCACGACUCAAUGAUUUGCGCCGGCUUGGACCGAGGUGGUGUUGACUCUUGUCAAGGGGAUAGUGGAGGACCAAUGGUGUGUGAGACUGGCGGAAAAUUUUACCUUCAGGGCGUGACCAGUUGGGGAAAAGGGUGUGGCAGGCCGAAUAAGUAUGGGGUAUAUGCUAGGGUUACAUACCUUUUGGAAUGGCUCAAGAAAGAGAUGGCUAGGAAUUAGCUACACGAGUUUCCAUGUUGAAUGUGCCUUAAGCUCUUGGGAAAGCGUCUACAGUGAAACUACGAACUGACUACGA